AAGUGUGUGGGCUGGAUAAAGGUCAAGACACAAGGCACCAGCGUUACGUUCAAGACAUAAUCCAAGAAAGGAAAGAUGAAUCACGUUUGUUCCGGAUGAAGCUUCUAAAAAUGUCCUGCAAUAAUACGUAUUAUUGACUCGACUCUAUUUUUAUCCAGUCGGAUUCUACUGUAUCAAAGCGAUUUUUGAACAAGGAAUGGUAGAUGAUCAUUAUAGGAGAGAAAAAUAUAAAGAUCAAAGAGAUUCUCGCCGAGAUUUGGAAUUAUCAGUUUAUCGGCCUACUUCAAUGCAGGGAAUGAAGCUUCUGUCGCCGAAUCAGUGGGGUUGGUUGAUCGACCAAGAGCCCUUCUCCGUAGACGGUGCUUCCACCCCUGCGUAGCUCCUUUCUGGCUGACGUUACAGAGCCCUGCCAGCCACUUCUCCCUGGACCGUCGAAUCCGAAAGGUGUCCCUUGUGAUCGAUCUCCAAAUUAAGAAGAGAGAAACCUAACAGCAUCUUAGGAACUUGGGCUUAGACCUUUUUCCUGCGCGAAGAUGUUAUCCCACUGGCUGUGCUUAGUGACAUUGGUAACGCUAGCCGUAAUGGGCGAAGCGUUAUCCACAACUCUAAUGGAAGAUUUGAAGAAAGCUGAUCAACUUAUGAGGCCAAAAACAAAACGUGCUCAGGAAAUAUUGAUGUUCGGCAAUCAACAAAAUCGACAGGCCGAAAACACAGCCAACAAUCACUUGUACCCAUCAAACACUGAAAAACGGACUCUAGGUACUUCCGGAUUAGAAGACAUCAAAGCAGCUUUUGCACAGAGCGACAAUUUUGAACGACCAAACCCGAUAAGCAGUACUGCUUUUGAUCGUAAAGUUUUAUCGCCUUAUGACAAGAAUUACGAAUACAGUAAAAUCCUUGCUAAUCAGAUCACCGAUGGACCCAAGAACUGGGAUGUUCCAAGCUAUCAACGUUACUAUGAUCUUGGUAUGGAUGGCCGACGUAAGAGGUCAGACAAUUCCAUGACAUCGAUAUACACGACAACUCCGUCCCCAGUGCCAUCUUCUUCGCCAGCUUCUUCCUCGUCGUCUUCACCAAUAAGUUACAUUCCGCAGCCUGUAGUUCAAGCUAAGCGCAGUCUACCAAUGUAUCAGGAUGCCAGAUACAAACGCGAUCUGGUUUUGGAUCCUCAAGAAGUCUUGACUAUUCUUUCAUUUUGGGAAAACGAGCGACGCAAACGUAACUGGCCAGGAUACGAAGCUGAUGAUGAAUACACCAACGACGACGACAGCAACAUGAUCGAUGUGGAUGAUGAAGAUCCCAGAACUGCUGGCUCUUGGUUGGAAGAACCUGUAUAUCCUCCUCAUCACUUCACGGUCGGCACGGACUCCUUGGCGCCACUGGAUAUUGGAAUUCCACGGACUCGUCCCAGCGAUUAUUACGAUCAAUAUGGAAAUCAAUUUGGACAACAAUAUACGCAGUACGGAUCGAUUUAUCCUCAACGUAAUUAUUAUCCUCCUGAGAAGAGAUACAUGAUGACACAAAAGCGUUCCCAGGGCUACGAGAAUUAUGGCGGCCGCAAUUACGUAAACCUUGCCCAACUUCUUGGCUCCCAACCGCGAAGCUAUCCUAGUUAUGAACAUCGUCUCGUUUACUAAAUUGAUCUCCUGCUUAUGAACCACGAUUUGAAAAUUGGGACUUAUUCGGGUCGAGUCCAACCUUCAGAAUUAGUUGGAGAAUGUCAGAGAUUACGUUAAUGGAAUUUCAAACUGAAAAUUAUUUAGUAAAUCAUUUCAUGAUGCCAUUUCACGUUUUCUACAGUGAAUAUUAAUGCGCGUUUGUUAUACUGCACGGCGAUACUGUUUCAUUAAUAGUUUAUGCUUAUUCAGAUUUUGGUAAUAUUUUUCAAAUUUCAUUUCAUUUACUAUUUUACACUGAAGGAAGAGGCUCGACUAUCUGCCGAGGAAAUAAAUGAAAUUUAAUGGCAGUCUAACAGUCAAAAUAACAAAUCUCACUGUCAUUGUCCGAGCACAUAUAAUUCAACGUAUAUCUUGAUCAUCUUAAAUAAGAUACAAUGAUAAUUAUCAUAUGAUUAGUAGCGUACUUGACCCAUUGGCAUAUCAACGUGAUAUUAUUGAUUUAAUUAAAUGUUUGUUAUCCAAUUGUAGAACUGAAUGCAACCAUCUUUGUAAUACAAAAGAUAACAGAACAUUGAUUAAACUCAUUCUACUUUUAUAGGUAAUUACACGAUAAUUAAUUCCAAGUUGGAUAAUUUUGCAUUAAAAGGGACUUAAUCAGCUCGACCGAAUCAACUGAACUUAGCCAGUCCAUGGAUCCAAACUCAAUUUCAGCUGGUAUGGUCCAGCUGAUUAACACUCAAUUAUUUUUACAUAGAUGAUUUGCAUAAGGAUUAUAUAACGAUAAGUCUGGUGGGUUAAUGAUGUUAAUUCUAAACAGUAAAAUCGGUUGACGAUACGAGUAAUAUCGUUUAAUAAUAUAUAUGAAAAUGAGAGACUUCUAUCUCAAAGAAUGAACAGACUGGAAUUUCAUGAAAAAUAUUUUAAUUGACCAUGCAUUAAGUGACAUUUCCUAAAAAUCAAAAUUCGUUCGAUACUUUAGAUAUAUAACGAAGAUAUUACUCGUGUCCCAAUGUAUUACUCUUGGCACUUCUAAAGAAAAAGAAAAAAGAAAAAAAAAGAAACGACUAAUCAAUUUUGUGUAUAAAAGACGUCCGUCUGCCUGUACUUUAACGUAUUAUAAGCACGCGGACUGAAUUAAUUAUAAAUAUCAAAUAUUGUAUCGUGUAUUCAUCGAGGAAUACGAGAUGGCUAAUAUAAUGUAUCGGGCGAAACGUCACUAAUUUAAAUUACGCAGAAACAAUUGUUUUAGACGCCUGUGAAUUUUUUUCUUUUAUACUAAAAGGAAAAAACUAACCUAACAGAAGAAUGUACGAUUAACGAUUAGCCAGUAUUUUUUAAACAUACACGUCUACAAUUAUUAGAUCUAUGGCACUGUUCUCAUGGGCACGUGCGAUAGAUAGAGAGCAUUCGUUAAACGUUCACGAGAUAAGCCUAAUCGAACAGUAUUAUUCUCUUAAGCGACAAAACAAAAGAUCAAUAUCCGAAAAUUGUUCAAUUAACAACAAACGUGAGGAUAUUAAUGCCUAUACUGUUAGAGGACAAUUUUCAAUUCUUAGUUGAAAUAAAAAGAGAUGCUAUAUAUAUAUAUAUAUAUAUAUUAUUUAUCUUUGAUUAACACUUAGCGAAUACUCUCUAUUGUAUUUGAUUAUGGUAUAUUAUAGAUAUAAAUAAAUGAAAUAGGAUGUUUUGCAUUUGUAUGUUUGUUUCAAGCCAAACAAUUCUCAAAGACAAUACUGUCGAUGUGUCACAGAACUAUAGAUGGAAGUAAGACGAAUGAAUUUCAGUCUCUGAUAUAUUAUAUUUUCGUCAUCGCGUCCUCCGAGUGAUAUCCUCUAAUGCAUAAUAUAUAUACAUAUAUGUGUGUGCGGCAUAACAUGUCAAAUUGACCAUCCACAUGACCCUUUUCUAAUUCUUAAUCUUACAUCUCCUUAAGAAUACGAAUUUUAUUCCAUUAAUUGGCGUUAUUCGCUAUGACCUAUACGCUUUAUUUUGAAAUUAAGUUAGUUACCCCUGAUUUUUAGUUUGAAGAGAGAAGAGGCAAGUACAAGAGGCAUUUUGAAUUUUGAAAUGUACAGCAAACCGUAAUAUGCAGAAGGAAUGCUUAAAGGAUUAUUAUUCUUUUCAACAGAUUGACAAAUAAUAGGAUAAUUAAAUAACUUUAAUAGAUGUCAGACCGUUUGACGUGAGAUACAUCACACAUAAAUACAAAGUCGUUGACUAAUUAAUGCACUUAAAUAUUUUAAACCUUUAUAUUAAGAUUAUAUUUAUCGACGAGUCGUUAAACUAAUGGUGCUUCGUUUUUUAUUAUACAAAAUGUACUGUAUAAAGAUUGUGGUCAUUGAGACUUUCAUUAAAUAGGAUUUUCCAUUAAAGAUGAAAGCACCUGUAGCCAUUGAAUUGUUUGAUAAUAAUUUUUGUCACGGUGCAGCCAAUAGAGAUCAGGACGUCUAAUAAAUGAGAAGUACUAUGGAUUAGUUAACACCUUAUGUAUAUUAUAGAUAAAAUCCAAAGUAAAAGAGCAUACGCGAAUACACAUAAAUAUAUGUAGAGACAGAGAAUAUAUCGCUUAUGAUUCA